AUGUUAUUUCCAAAGUUUUAUAAUAAGAGAUUUAAACAUAUAACAGUUUUAAUCUCUUUGGCAAUUUGCACUUUAAUAAUCCUAAAUGGAUAUUUGUCACACGAUACUAACCAAGUGAAAAUUGAAAAUGAAGCUAUAAUUCAAUUCAAAGCAAGUGCAAAUAGGUAUAACCCUAAGCAAAUGACUUAUGUUGUAUUUCAGUAUUUGACUGCUUUCAAUAAGAAAAAACAUACCAACCAUCCAUUGACUAGUAACAUUGGAGGUGAUUUUGGAAUUUGGUUUCAUUGGGAUGAUUGGGUUGAUUUAAGUGCUGGGAAUACAAAACUUAAUCAAGUUAGAAAGCAGCAUCCGAGUGGAGGAUGUCCUAAUAAUAUUCAAAGAUAUGGUGCUUUCAGUGGGUUCCCCUUUGAAUCAAUGAGAAGUAAAAUCACUAGAAGUAAAGUCGAUUUAUAUUGUAAUCAAGAAGUCCCGAAAAGAAUUGUGAUAGCCACCGAUAAAUCAUUUGUUGAAUUACCAGUUGUUGGUGAAAAAAGGUUUGUUGAAUCAAAACAAUCCAAAAAAAACACUAAAAAUUUAAGUCAAGAAGAUAAAGAUUCAAAAGAAUUUCAAGAUAGUGAUGAUUAUCAUAUGAUGUUUGGUUAUAAGAAUUUUAAGAAAUUUGAAAAAGAAAUUGAUAUUGAAUAUUCAGAUUUUAUUUUUAAUAUUAAAGAUGAAAUCGUUCGUUUAAAAGAAAAAUGGAAUAGAAGAUACAUUUGGGUACUGGAGAAGAAGUAUCUUGAUAUGUUAGAAUGGGCAAAUCACUUAAUUGAUUUUAGUGGUUCUAAUGAAUACUUUAAAAAUCCUUGGAAAUUUAAGGACUCAUUAACUUCUAAAAUUCAUGCUUAUGCUUAUCCAUUUUAUCAACGUUCUUUAACCGAUGGUGAGCGUCAAAGUAUUGCUCAACAUAUGAUUCAGACUUGGUUUCAAUUUGCUCAAGCAAAUGGGUUGAAAAGUUGGCUUGGUGAUUCUAGUUUAUUAGGUUGGUCUUACAAUGGUAUUGAUCUACCUUGGAGUCUGAAUAUUGACAUUCAUAUGCCAAUCCGUCAACUAGACCGUUUAGGUCGAGAUUUUAAUAAAACUCUUUUAAUUGAAAAUCCAAGAUUCGGUAAUGGGAAAUAUUAUUUAGAAGUUUCUCCUACUUAUGGCAAACAGGCAAUUAAAUCGGAUUCCAUCGAAGCAAGAUUGGUUGAUAUCAAUUCUGGUUAUUCAAUUGAAAUAAAAUCUUUAAUGUUCCAUUCUGAUGUUCAACCACCCAAAAAAUUUUGGAAGCAUUUAGCCAACAGCGAUGAAAAAUAUGAGGCCGUAGCUACUCAUACAAAAGACUGGGAAUGGCAAAAUUUAAGAGAUACCAUUCCAAUAAGACAUACUUAUUUUGAAGGGACUUCAGUUUAUAUUCCUCAUAACGUCACUAGAUAUCUUAGUAACAUUUAUAAAGACAAGUUUAUAAAUGCUACUUAUAUUGGCGAUUAUAAUUAUCAAAGAGACCUUAGACUAUGGGUUCCAAAUGACGUCUGUAAUACGUCUCCUAAGAAUUUCCGUUUCAUUAACAAAGAUGAUUAUUCACAAUUAAGUUUAAAAGGUGCUUGUAAUAAAGAAAGUUUGAAAGAUGAAUAUCAAAUAACUGAAAAACUUACUACUCGCCAUCGCGAACUUAAUUCAAAUAUCGAUAAAGCAAAAGACUAUGACCCAAAUCAAUUAAAAGACUUACCGAUUAUGCGUAAAGAUGUGUGGGAAUAUUUUAAUGAUAUUGUCCAUCGUACCGUUGAUCAUACAAACUGGUAUAAUGGUGUAUCAUCCAAUUGA